CUCCUGGUCUAAAGAACUGUGGUCCUUGGGGAGAAGACCGUCUUUCAGGCAGCUGUAACCAGCCAACAUCCUCCAAUCCAUGGAUGCUGGAAGACAGGACUUGGCUGGAUGGACUCUAGACCCUCCUUCCCCCCCCGCCCCCCAGCUUCCGGCGCAGCCCCUCUUAGAGGGGGCGUGGCGUGUCAAUCUGGACCCGCCCUCCGGCUGCGCGCGGCUGCGGCCUGCGGUCACGUGAGCGCUGCGAGGGAGGGGCCCUACUUCCGGGCGGCGGAAGGAGACGCGGCCGCGUGAGGACGAGGCGAUUUGAAAACACGCUCAGUGAGCGAGCGAAAAGCCUGCGGCGGGCGGUACACGGCGUGAUCUUGCAGGGCUCGGCGUUCGCUCCCUUUCCACCUGGUCUCCGUGUCCCGGGUCCGUCCGGGUUCUCAGCAUUCAAGAAUGACCAAAAAGAGGAAACGCCAAGAUGAUUUUCAGAAAGUAAAACUAAAAGUUGGUAAAAAGAAGCCCAAGUUAGAAAAUGCUACAGCUACAAACUUUAAGACAAAGGCUAUACAUUUGCCUGAACAACUUAAAGAGGACAGAACACUGCCGACCAACAACAGAAAGCUUAACAUAAAGGAUUUGCUGUCACAGAUGCAUCACUAUAAUGGUGGUGUUAAACAAAGUGCUCUUCUCGGACUUAAAGACCUUUUGUCUCAGUACCCAUGUAUAAUUGAUGCACACCUCUCAAACAUAUUAAGUGAAGUGACUGCUGUGUUUACAGAUAGAGAUGCUAAUGUACGGUUAGCAGCAGUUCAACUUCUUCAAUUCCUGGCCCCCAAAAUACGAACUGAACAAAUUUCUCCAUUUUUUCCUUUGGUAAGUGCCCAUCUCUCUAGUGCCAUGACUCACAUUACUGAAGGAAUUCAGGAGGACUCUUUAAAAGUUUUGGACAUUCUGCUGGAACAUUACCCAGCUCUCAUUACUGGCCGUAGCAGUAUAUUGCUUAAGAACUUUGUAGAACUCAUUUCUCAUCAGCAGCUGUCCAAAGGACUGGUAAAUAGAGACAGACCCCAGUCCUGGAUACUUUCUGUAAAUCCUAAUCGGAGAGUCACUUCUCAGCAAUGGAGGCUGAAAGUCUUAGCAAGACUCAGUAAAUUCCUUCAGGCCUUGGCAGAUGGAUCCAGUAGGUUGAGAGAAAGUGAAGGACUUCAGGAACAAAAAGAAACUCCCCAUGCCACUAGCAACUCCAUUUUUAUCAACUGGAAGGAUCAUGCCAACGACCAGCAACAGAUCCAGGUUUAUGAAAAUGGGGGUUCACAGCCAAAUGUCAGUUCACAGUUCAGGCUACGGUACUUAGUGGGAACACUAGGCACUGUGGAUGAAGACCCGUCAUCUCCUGAGAAUCUAAAAGGAUUCAUUGAGAUAAUAAUUCCAUUGUUAAUUGAAUGCUGGAUUGAAGCUUUACCCCCACAACUAGCUGCUUCUGUUGGAAGUGGGGUAGAGCGAGAACCUCUACAGGUUAUGCAGCAAGUUCUAAAUGUCAUUUCGCUGUUGUGGAAACUCUCAAAGCAGCAGGAUGAAACCCAUACAUUGGAGUCAUGGCUUCGAAAAAAUUACCUUUCUGAUUUCAAACAUCAUUUUAUGACUCAUUUUCCAUAUGCCUUAAAAGAAAUGACCAAGCAACGGAAAAAAGAGACAAAUAAAAGCAUCAAGCAUUGCACAGUUCUCUCCAAUAAUGUAGAUCAUCUUUUACUGAACUUAACGCUGUCUGAUAUCAUGGUCUCGCUGGCAAAUGCCUCAACUUUACAGAAUGAUUCCAGUUGGAUAGAAACAAUAAGGAAAUUUGUGACAGAGACCCUUAAAGGUGGCGCUAGACUGAACAGUAAACAGCUAAACAGAUUGCUUGGAGUCUCGUGGAGGCUAAUCCAGAUGCAACCAAACAGAGAUGCUACAGAGAAUCUCAUUAAGGCAGUUUAUGCACUCUAUCAACAGAGGGGCCUGCUUCUUCCAGUUAGGACUUUGUUAAUCAAAUUUUUCAGUAAGAUCUAUCAGAAAGAAGAACUGAGAUCUUACAGAUUGAGAUACCGAAGCAGAGUGCUGUCCCGUUGGCUGGCCGGCUUACCAUUGCAGCUCUCUUACCUUGGCUCCCGAAACCCUGAGCUGUCCACACAGCUGAUUGAUAUUAUUCAUACUGCUGCAUCACAAGCAAAUAAGGACUUACUGAAAAACUUACAAGCUGCUGCUCUCCGAAUUUAUGAUCCUCAAGAAGGCGCUGUGGUAGUUCUUCCUGCAGAGUCUCAGCAGCGUCUGGUGCAGCUUUUGUAUUUUCUGCCCACUCUGCCUGCUGAUUUGCUUUCUCAGUUAAGUCGGUGCUGCAUUAUGGGAAGACUCGGUUCAAGUUUGGCUGGCACGCUUAUUGGGAUACUGUACAUGAGAUCAUCUUUUUCUGGAUGGAGCCACUCGGUUAAUGACUGCUUAAUGACUGACGUGGAUUAUCUCAGCUUCUUAUUUUCUACACUUACAGGGUUUUCAAAAGAGGAGCUGGCCUGGCUUCAGAACCUUCGAGGCGUUCCUCAUGUCAUCCAGACAUCACUUUCCCCUGUGCUCCUCUACCUUACAGACAUAGACCAGUUCUUGCACCAUUGGGACAUAACAGAGGCAGUUUGUCACAGUUUAUUGGUUAUUCCUGCCCGAAGUCAGAGCUUUGACAUCAUGCAAAGUGCCAUCAGUAAGCAUUUGGUUGGGUUGACUGUCAUCCCUGACAGCACGGCUGGCUGUAUAUUUGGAGUGAUGUGUAAGCUCCUGGAUCACACGUGUGUAGUUAAUGAAGCUCUCCUGCCCUUCCUGGCUUCUUGUUGCUACAGCCUUCUUUAUUUCCUGCUUACUCUAGAGAAAGGGGAAGCAGAGCAUCUCAAAAAGAGGGACAAGCUGUGGGAGGUUUGUGUCUCCAUCCUGGCUCUCCUGCCCAGAGUCCUUAGGUUGAUGCUGCAGAGUCUACGGGUGAACAGAGCUUCUCCUGAGGAGCUGCCUGUUGUAGGCCAGCUGCUUCGCCUGCUUCUUCAGCAUGUGCCUCUUAGGUCGCACAUGCUGACCAAUGCCAUCCUAGUGCAGCAGAUUAUCAAGAACAUCACGACUUUGAAGGGUGGCAGUGUUCAGGAGCAGUGGCUUACAGACUUACAUUACUGCUUCAGUGUGUACAUCAGCGGCCAUCCCCAAGGGCCUAGUAUAUUGAAUGCAUUGUAUUAAAGAAGCACCAUGGGACCUCCUGUUUGAAAUUAAUUGUUCAUGCACAUUCAUUUUAUUUUGAAGAGAGACUGAUGUAACAGAUAUUUGCCAUUAAACUCAACUUUUAAAGAA